ACAAUAAACAUUAAACACUCUCUCUCUCAUAAUAAUAAAACUUUCUCUCUCUCUCUCUCUCUCUCUCUCUCUCUCUCCCAUUAAUCCGAUCUGACUCUCUCUUACUCCAUUGGAGAGCUUUGUUUCGAUUCUCGAAAACCCUAAUUCCCUCUCUCUCUCUCUCUCUCUACUCUCAUUGAAGCUCUCAUAAUACACACAGUCAAAAACUUCUCACAACCAACCUUGUUCUUCUGAUUCGUCCUCCUCUCUCGAAGACUGUUGUUACCUGCAGAGAGAGAAGGUUAAGAGGCAUUGUCAUCUCUCUCUCUCUCUUGCUGAUGAGAAUAACUUUGAUUCAGUCUUGAGGUUGAGAAGAGAUGAUGAAGAUGAUGAUGAUGAACAGACGAAGCAACGUCGUCAGAUUCGAAACCAAGGUAGAAGAAGACGAAGAAGAAGAAGAAGAAGAAGAUGACAAUGACGAUUGUUUCUACGAAUCUCUCGAUCGUGUUCUAUCUUCUUGCUCUUGUUCUACUUCAAACUCUGAUUACGACUCUGAUCCCAACAUCUCUGAUUCGAUCCACGAUCCGAGUCCCUUCCCUGUUCCUGUGUUCCCUAUGGGAACCUCUGGCUUCGAGCUUUGGAAAUCUGAGCCUGAAUCUGUGUCGGAGAGACGAAUCAGGCUUUUGCGUGGUUUGGGGCUUAGUAACGAACCGGAUCUACCUCCUCCGGCGAGUCAGCUCCGGUCUAGAAGUCGGAGGAAAGGGAUUUGCAAUUCCCAUUUCUCUAGAUCGGUUCCUUCUGAUGUUUUGGUUUCUAAACACCAAGGUAAAUGCGUGUUGAGAUCAGAUGCGGCUGGUAGUGACAAUGUCGAUCUUGGUAAGUCUCGUCACUAUACUGGAUCUCGGUGUUCUUGUUCUUCUUCUGUAAAUAUGCUUAACGAUGAUCAUACUGGGAAGUCUCGUAUGCGUAAUGGUGGUAACAAUGGUGUUGAUUUUAUAAGCAAAGAGCCUACUAUGGAAAUUAGGGACAAUGGUGUUGAUUUAGACGAGCAAAUGUGUACUAUUAGGAAUCUAGAUACUGGCAAAGAGUUUGUGGUGAAUGAAGUCCGAGAAGAUGGGAUGUUGGAGAAGUUGAAGGAGGUAGGUACAGAUCGGCAAUUGACUAUUGAGGAGUUUGAGAUGUUUGUUGGGACAUCCCCUAUCGUGCUUGAGUUGAUGAGGAGGCAAAAUGUUGAAGAUGUUUGUAAAGACUCUGUUGAUAUGGACACUAAUGUUAGUGGAAGCAGAGUGACUAAGCAUAGAAGGAGAGGGAGUUGGUUAAAGAGUAUAAAGAAUGUUGCUAGUAGUGUGACUGGGUAUAAAGAGCGACGAAGCACGGACGAUAGGGAUUCACCGUCUGAGAGAGGUGGUCAGAGGUUUAGCUCUGCAACUGAUGAUAGCCGAGAUACGUCUUUUCAUGACCCUGAGAGAGUUAAGGUUAGGCAGUAUGGAAAGUCAUGUAAAGAGCUCACAGCACUUUUCAAGAGCCAAGAGAUUCAAGCUCAUAAAGGGUCGAUAUGGAGCAUUAAGUUCACUUUGGAUGGGAGGUAUCUUGCUAGUGCUGGUGAGGAUUGUGUUAUUCAGAUUUGGAAAGUUGUUGAGUCAGAAAGAAAAGGAGAACUCUUGUCCGUUGAUAAACAAGAAGAUGGGAGCAUUAAUUUGUUUCUUUUAGCAAAUGGGUCACCAGAACCAGUUUCAAUGUCUCCAAAGAGAAGAGGGAGAACUUCAUUUAGCCGAAAAUCAGUGAGCUUGGACAAUGUUCUCGUUCCAGAGGCAGUCUUUGGUCUCUCAGAGAAACCGGUGUGUUCAUUUGUUGGGCAUUUGGAUGACGUACUUGACCUUUCAUGGUCAAAAUCUCAGCACCUUCUUUCCUCUUCCAUGGACAAGACUGUUCGACUAUGGGACUUAUCUAGCAAGACCUGUUUGAAAGUCUUCUCACAUAGUGACUACGUGACUUGCAUCCAGUUUAAUCCUGUGGAUGACAAUUACUUCAUCAGCGGAUCUUUGGAUGCAAAAGUUCGGAUAUGGAGCAUUCCUGAUCAUCAAGUUGUUGAUUGGAACGAUCUUCAUGAGAUGGUCACAGCUGCCUGCUAUACACCGGAUGGGCAGGGUGCAUUGGUUGGUUCAUACAAAGGAACUUGUUGCUUAUACAACACACAUGAUAACAAACUGCAGCAGAGACGUGAAAUCAAUCUGAAGAACAGAAAAAAGAAAACCCAUCACAAGAAAAUCACUGGUUUUCAGUUUGUGGCGGGAAGUUCAUCGGAAGUGCUCGUCACAUCUGCAGAUUCACGUACACGGGUUGUUGACGGUGUUGACCUUGUUCACAAAUUUAAAGGAUUUCGCAACACGAAUAGCCAAAUCUCGGCUUCACUUACAUCAAACGGGAAAUUCUUAGUCUCAGCAAGCGAAGACUCUAAUGUGUAUGUAUGGAACUACGACUCAGACUCGCGAGCUGGGAAAAGCAAACGUGUUACAGUCACAAACUCAUACGAACACUUUUACUGUCGAGACGUCUCUGUGGCUGCACCUUGGCCAGGCAAAAUCAGCAACAACCAAACCAGCAACAGCCCCGAGCAACCACUCUUCACAGCCAAUAACCCUCCAACACCUGUCAACGAUCCAACCAACAACAAAACCGUCACUAACGGUAUCAUUUCAAGCGCCACAAACCGAUACUUCUUCGAUAGAAUCUCAGCGACAUGGCCUGAGGAGAAACUCAUGGUAGCUGCAAAGAACAGAGCCCGGACUAGCCCUCGUGUGAGCGUGGACAUCUCUAACGGACAGGUUAACACAAAACCAAGUGCCUCAGCUUGGUCUAUGGUGAUUGUGACUGGCGGUUUACGAGGAGAAAUCAGAACAUUUCAGAAUUUUGGAUUUCCGGUUCGCCUUUGAGGCAGAGAAGAAAGUUUUACAAAAAUCAAAAAGCCCAAGGCGAAUUGAAUUCAACUUAGUAACAACCAUCUCCUCCUGUCAAAAGUGUAUAGAUUGAGAAAAGGUUUGGUUCGUCCACUGACUUCUUUUAUUUCUUUCUUACCACGCUUCUUUUUUAUUUAUUUUUUUCUUAAUUGUUCUCUCUAAAAUUCGAAAUCUCUAGCAAAUAUAUAUAAUAUAUAAUGUUAUUCUUGUUUAAGAAUCAAAUUAGGCAGAAAAAACAUAUAUUCAUAUACCACAAUGUAGUUGUGUCUUUGAUAUUCCAACUCUACAAGGAGAAUAUAUGAUUUUGUAUACACAUUGUAUUUUCCAUUA